AAGAAAUAAAAAUAAAAUGCCAAACUAGAAAAGGCCCGUUUAUAGUCUCUAGUCCUCAUCUAUUAAAAAGCUUUAUUAGUCGCCCCAACUCCACCACCGACCCUUGCUGCCGCCCAAUAUCUCGCACCCCCAGUUUCUUCUUUUUCCUCCUCCAUGGCAACUAUACCAGUUAAUCCAAAGCCAUUCUUGAACAACUUGACUGGCAAGACUGUUAUUGUCAAACUUAAAUGGGGUAUGGAGUACAAAGGUUUUCUUGCUUCAGUGGAUUCAUACAUGAAUCUACAGCUAGGUAACACAGAAGAAUUUAUUGAUGGGCAGUUUACUGGAAAUCUUGGAGAGAUUUUAAUCAGAUGCAACAAUGUUCUCUAUCUCCGCGGUGUUCCAGAAGACGAAGAAUUAGAAGAUGCAGAUCGUGACUGAGAUAGGGGCCUAACAGUUAUUAAAUCUAAAGGACUCUUGUAGUCUUACUUUUUAAGAGAAAGAUGGUAGAACUUUGUUGCCUAAUUAUGAUGUUACCAUUUCCAGAUUAAGAAAUUGAGGUCACCUGACUUUGCCUUAGAUUGACUGAAUAUGAAAUAUUUGCUCGGUUAAAAUGUUAUGGCGAAAAGCUGUGCAGGGCCAACGGCUCGAUCGUAUGCUUUAUGGCUACAUUUUACUAUGUUUUGCAUAACCAAUUGUCAGUUUUAUUUA